GAUGCCGAUUUCGAGCUCCACGAAUCGCCUGACCCAGGCAGCGGCACACUCGGUGGCGGACGAGGACCACCACACGGGGCCCCAGCGGUCCGGAGCCAAGAGCGUGCCGGUCUGCAUCGUCGAGAACCAGGGCACGGGCAAGCAGGCCAGGCGCGCCAGCGUCACGCCGUCUCCCGCGGUCGCUGGGCACGGCGGCGCGGUCAAGACGGAGACAGGCCAUGGGAAGCCGCAAGAUAAAGUGAAACUGCCGCUGAUCACACGGAUUCAGAACAGCCUGUUUGGCCGUUCGCGCUCCCACGACAGCGCCGUAGACAAAACCAAAGACGCCCAGCCUCCAUCUCCGAGAACCCCGCACAGGCGCCGAUUCCGCCACCACAAGCACCACAAGCCGGCCUCGCCCGAGUUCGCGCUGCGGAAAAUCCGCUUCUUCGCCGCCCCUCCGGAGCCGGCGCCCCUCACGCUCUGCUUCACCUACCCGGGAGUGGAGCUGACCCACCGUGACGUCAUCCAGGGCAUCCAAUCAAUGCACGCCGUCGAUGUGGACGACAUCGAGAGCAUCCAGUUCGUCGACAUGAAUGUGAUUCUGGGAACUGCUGGUGUCAGUAACAGAUGGUUGAUAAAAGUGAAAGAUUACGACACCAGGUACCUGUUGCUAUGCGACGGCUUCAAGAUCCAUGGUGAAUACGUCAUCCUGAGGAAAUACGACGACGUAAACAUGGAGGACUACAGGGAAUAUAUGCGGCGGAAGGAUACGUUGGCGAGUGACGAGCACCGUGAUGCAGUGCAGAGGCUUUUGGCCGUGUAGCCCUACGCCGCGAGGAAAACCGAGUUCGCAGUGCAAAGGAACUUUUGUUGCAUAAAGCUGUAUGGUUAUUUCAGAGCGGAUAUAACUGCUUCACGAUUUUUCGGUAUCAAAAAAGUGGGGGAAAAUUUGUUAGCCAUAGUUGGUCUUGUCUCUCAUCCUGUGUCGCAUUUUCUACCAAAUUAUUUCUUACACGAAAUUAACACGACUAUUUUUCAGUUCAAUUGUGAUCAUAUUUGAAGCUGAAACUGAUUCCCCUCCCCAAGAAUAUUUUUUUUUUAUUAUAAAUUAUAAAAUACCUGCUCUGAUAUUUGGUGGACUACGAUUAUCGAAUCAAUCAUGGACUGUAUAUAUUUCAUAUGCAAGCAUUUAAUUUUAGUAUCAAUAAAACCGGCAAGGUCAAUAUCGUGUACAUAAUUACGUUUGCCUUGAGCGCCUGCACUGUGACGACCCUAGAUGAAUCAAUUAAGGUGUAUGCGCAGUAUAGUUUGUGAUGCUGUAUUAACACUGCUACUGUUUGCAUGCGGACGAUUGUGAUUGGAAAGCUGUCCAAGAGGCAAGUUCUGUAAAGGCAAAAAAAAGAGGAAAAAAACAAGUACGACAAUGGUGUGAUUGAUGAACUAUUUUCAGGAUUUGGAUAAGAAAAGCUUGUUGUUCCCCACGAAAUCUCUUCAUACUAAUUCGGCAGUCUUCUUUUAAUCCGCUGGCAUCCGUGAAGAUGGUGAACAGAGAUUAUUUGUGUUGGUCGUGAAUUGAAAUAAUUUCAACCUUUUAUCCCUAAUACAGUCAGGGUUUGAACUCAAGGUAUAAUCUGGGCCUGCCUCAACCACGCGUGACAAUAUUGGUGAAACGGAAUAAUAAUGCUUGUGUUAUGCACUGUUAAUACGAAAAUUGCUGUGUGAACCGCAUCAUGCACCAAGAACGACACGGUGUAUCUGGUUCGAAGUUGGGAAAAGUGACGUCACAUUAUUCAAACUGGAGUGUCGAUUUGAAUUGUUUCUUUUUAUAAAUGCAAUUUUGUGUGACAUUUGUGUCAAUGGGGGUGUUGGUGGUGAUGGUGAUGGUGACGGUGAUAACGCUGAUUGUGCUGGUGAUGCGGGGAUUGAGGUGACUAUUAUGGUGAUUUGUGGUAAUGAUUGUGUUGGUGAUGCAUGAUCGCGGUGAUGAUGAGGAUAACAAUGAUGCAAGUGAUAGUAAUGAUAAUGGUGGGGAUGUUGGGAAUGACGAAGGCGGUGGUGGUGAUGAUGGUGAUUUAUGGUAAUGAUGGUUGUGGUGAUACAUGAUCGCGGUGAUGAUGAGGAUAAUAAUGAUGCAAGUGAUGGUGGUGAUAAUUAUGACGAAGGUGGUGGUGAUGAUGAAGGGGAUUUAGUGAUGAUGGUGAUAAUGCUAAGGAUGUUGCUGCUUCGGCUGGCACUGUUAAUGGUGUUUACGGUAUUUACUUCCGUUUUUGAAAGCAUGAUUUUCUGCUAUGUUGCUCCAAAAUGCGGUUGCAGCUGCUGUAGAAUGCUUAUACAUCAAUCAUUCUGUCAAUACUGGAAAAGCCAACACAUCAUAAUAAUCAAACACCGUACAACAAUACCUUGUUUGUUUUAACCCCACCAGCGCUUAAUAAAUUGCUUUCGAAACCUUAUUUGCAUCAAAA